CACGCACUGACCUCAUUUGCAUUGACACAGCUUCUCUUCCGUGUUGUUGUUCAGCCGUUCAAACAUCCACAGUUUGGUUUAGACGCUACAUUCCUCUUCUUUUCUUUGGCUGCUGCUGAAGCGGUCCAGUAUCCUGAGGAUGGCUCUGGCCGGCUCGGACGCGUCGGACCCGGACGUCUCAGAAGAGACGUUCCUGCUGCGGGCGGUCCGGAUCGCGGCCGUGGUGGUUCUGUACUGGUUCGUGUCUAUCACGAUGGUGUUCCUGAACAGCUACCUGCUGGACAACCGGGACCUGGACGCGCCGCUGUUCGUCACCUUCUUCCAGUGCGCGGUGACCGUCGGCCUCUGCUGGGUCAUGCAGCUGCUGUCCGGGAUGUGUCCGCGGCUCAUCGACUUCCCGGCGGUCCGGUUCGACGUGAAGACGUCCCGGGAGGUUCUGCCGCUGUCGGUGGUCUUCAUCGGCAUGAUCACGUUCAACAACCUGUGUCUGAAGUACGUCGGGGUGGCCUUCUACACGGUGGGUCGGUCCCUGAGCACCGUGUUCAACGUGCUGCUGUCCUACGGGAUCCUCAGACAGACCACCUCCCUCAGAGCCCUCAUGUGCUGCGGGGUCAUUCUGGGUGGGUUCUGGCUCGGCGUGGACCAGGAAGGCACCGCGGGGUCCCUCUCCUGGUCCGGCGUAUUUUUUGGGGUUCUUGCCAGCGCCUGCGUCUCCCUAAACGCCAUCUACACUAAGAAGGUGAUGCCAGCGGUGGACGGAAACAUCUGGAAGCUGUCCUACUACAACAACAUCAACGCCUGUGUCCUCUUCCUGCCGCUCAUUCUCGUGUUCGGGGAACUGGGCCGAGUCGCCGCCUUCAGCCGCCUCACCGACCUCGGCUUCUGGGGCAUGAUGACGCUCGGGGGGCUGUUCGGUUUCGCCAUCGGCUACGUCACGGGCCUGCAGAUCAAAUACACCAGCCCGCUGACGCACAACGUCUCGGGGACGGCCAAGGCGUGCGCGCAGACAGUCAUAGCGGUGGUGUACAACUCGUCCAGCAAGAGCCUGCUGUGGUGGACCAGCAACAUGAUGGUUCUGGGCGGAUCGUCCGCAUACACUUGGGUCAAAUCUCUGGAGAUGCAGAGGAGCCCCAGCAACGACCCUCAGGAUCUAGCCAAAGAAAAGCUACUGCCAGGCGAGAAAGGCAGUUUAGGAGUGUGAGAAUGUAAAACAAAUAGAUUAGAAUAGUUGGAGUUUGGUGAAUCGGUUCGGAGCUACUUACAUUCUCUUCGGGGCCUUUUUUACUAUUAUUUUUAUGACUUGUAUAGUUAUGUCUUUGAGUCUACAAGCAACGGAGGAAAUGAAGUUUUUACUGAUGUUUAAAUUCACUCUGAUUGCAGGAAAUGGUGUCAUACUGAAAUCGGAAUUUUUCUACGCCGGUUGUUCGAUUCUGAUUUUAAUAUUUUUACUGAAGAGGAUUUCAAUCAUGGCUGCACAGUGGCGUAGUGGUUAGCACUUUCGCCUUGCAGCAAGAAGAUCCCUGGUUCGCGUCCCGGCUUUCCCGGGAUCUUUCUGCAUGGAGUUUGCAUGUUCUCCCUGUGCAUGCGUGGGUUUUCUCCGGGUACUCCGGCUUCCUCCCACAGUCCAAAAAUAUGCUGAGGUUAAUUGAUUAUUCUAAAUUGCCCGUAGGUGUGAAUGUGUGAGUGCUUGUUUGUCUCUGUAUGUAGCCCUGUGACAGACUGGUGACCUGUCUAGGGUGUCCCCUGCCUUCACCUGAGUCAGCUGGGAUAGACUCCAGCCCCCCCAUGACCUUAGUGAGGAUUAAGCGGUGUAUAGAUAAUGGAUGGAUGGAUGGAUUUCAAUCAUAUAAAUAGUCGCCCUUUUAAUAAUGCAGGUCACUGUGUCGGUGUUGCCUUCGGAUAGGAACUGAUCUGUUGUAGACAUGAGGAUAUCUGUAAUAUCCUGCUUUUUUAUUGAGGUAAUAAGAAACGGGACACACAAUAGGUCUUUUAUGGUCACAGAAAACACCCCCGCAGGUAGAAACUGCGUGUUUUUGAGCAGAGCCAGAUUCUAAACUGAAGUAAAUGUGGGUGUGAGUUGAGCACUUCAACGUGAAACUGGGUCAGACUGGAAGAGAAUCUGCUGGAAUGUUCAGGUGCAGGACUCGAGUUUCAGUGUCGUUCUGAUGGUCGGAGUAGAACUGACAGUAUCUGUCACAGCAGCGCAUAACUUCACCUGCCAUUCUGACACUUGACAAGGCAGCUUAGAAACCACAAAGAGUUCACCUGCCAGGAAAAGGUCCAGGAAACUACGGUUUUUAUUCAAAGCUAGCUUGUUAAAAUGUCAUUAAAUCAUUACAGCAUCUCAGUAAAACAGAACCAGGAAGGAUUGUGCUUUAUGCUUUCAUUGUUAGGUUUUUUUUAAAUUUAUAAAUGUGAUAUUUUCUGGUUUAAAUAAAUUGUGUGAUUGUUUUUAUGUA